AACAUCCUGCAUGAUCGAAGUCAUCGGACGGUCGGUCAUUCAUUUCUUCCUCCCCAAUACAAUAUGCCCACUUAAAGCCACAGAGAUCGGCGCGUCGUCUAACCCCUAAACCCUCUCCCGUUCGUCGGCGGCUCCGCCAGUUUACAUCCGCUUUGUUUUCUUUCCUAAUUCUGUAAGCGGUUAGAUCUUCUUGUUGCUGUAAACUGGACUGCGAGUUCAUCGUCUGUGAAUUUAAGUGAUUUCAGGGGGUUUUACGAAGCAAGCAGAGAUGAACUUUAAUAAUGCUAGGGUUCCGAACGCUGGAGCGGCGUCAACUCUCGUAAAAGUUGCGCUCAUUGGAGGCGCUGGUGUCUACGCCGCUCUCAACAGCCUCUACAACGUCGAUGGUGGUCACCGGGCCAUCGUUUUCAACCGCAUUCACGGAAUCAAAGACAAGGUUUAUCCUGAGGGAACUCAUUUGAUCAUCCCUUGGUUUGAGAGGCCAAUCAUUUAUGAUGUUCGUGCUCGCCCACACCUUGUCGAGAGUACUUCUGGUAGUCGUGAUCUUCAGAUGGUUAAAAUUGGUCUUCGAGUUCUUACUCGCCCCAUGCCCGAUCAGUUGCCAACGAUAUACCGAACCCUUGGAGAGAACUAUAAUGAAAGGGUUCUGCCAUCAAUUAUCCAUGAAACCUUGAAAGCUGUUGUAGCGCAGUACAAUGCUAGCCAGCUUAUCACACAGAGAGAGGCUGUGAGCAGGGAAAUAAGGAAGAUCUUGAUGCAGAGGGCAUUAAACUUCAACAUUGCGCUGGAUGAUGUGUCCAUUACAACCCUGAGCUUUGGGAAGGAGUUCACUCAUGCGAUUGAAGCUAAACAGGUGGCUGCACAGGAUGCUGAGAGGGCCAAGUUUAUUGUGGAAAAAGCUGAGCAAGAUAAAAAGAGUGCUGUAAUCAGAGCUCAGGGCGAGGCCAAGAGUGCUCAGCUCAUUGGAGAAGCCAUCGCGAGCAACCCGGCAUUCCUUGCCUUGAGGCAGAUUGAAGCUGCAAGGGAAGUGGCCCAAACAAUAUCGAACUCUGCUAACAGGGUGUUUCUAAACUCGGGCGAGCUGCUGCUUAACCUCCAGGAUCUCAAUUUGGAGAGCACCACUAGUCUGAAGAAAUAAUGGGUGAGACAAAAUCACUGAUAUAUUCUUCAGAAGUAAUCUUUAUUUAUCAGAAAUUUUGAAUUGUUUCCGUCUGUCAAUUUUGACAAACCAUUCUUGCAUACAAUGAGGCUAUCAUGAAACCGUUAAAGGUUUAUUUUGCUAUUUUGAUAAUGAAUAUAUUAAAGCUAUGUUUGCGAA